GGGAUAUUAUUCUGAUAGAUAUCGAAAUAUCCAAGUUGCUUAUGGAACACAAAAUAUUUAUAGUUCUCAAACUGACAUGUCUUUAAAAUGUCAUGAUCUCAAUGCGGACUAUAUUUUGGUAACCUCGUUUAGUUCUCAAUCGCAACACGACUCAGUAUUUUACAAAACUAGCCUUAGCUCCUGGACAACAACAUCAAUUAACUUGGAAAUUAAAAAAGAACUAAAUGACGAUAAAUUAGAACAAUCAAAUUAUAAAUAUGAAGAAAAUAAUAAUUUAGAAAGUUCAGGUGAAGACUCAGAUUAUGAAACCGUGAAUACUUCGGAUCAAUUUCCUCAAGAAAAGACAACGGUUCAAUGGUGUAUUGUUUAUACAAAUGGGGAUGAAUUAGCAGAUAGCAAUGAAAUAUUCCCUUGGAAUGUAUUUGGAAUUACUCUUGAUCCUGCGCUAAAACAAGAUCAUGGGAUAACAUUUAUAGAACCAUACCAUCCACCUAUGUCAUUUGAAGAUGCAACUAAGCAACAUCUUAUAGAAAAUGGCAACAUAUUAGAUGCAUGGAGACUUUUCGUACACAGAGCAAAGAAAAAUGAUUUUGCAGCAAAAUACUGGGUGGGAUAUUAUCUUCAAAAUAAUAUUCUUCAGAAUUCUGACUUUUACAAUGUUGAAGAAGUUCUUGAGGGGUCUUACUAUCCCAGAAGCGUUAAUGCUCAAAUGAUCUUGAAGAUCAAACCAAAGAUAUCAAUUAAUAGCGGUAACAAAAUUAGUAAUAAUUGUAAAAUACAACAAUUUCAACCGGGCAGCAAAGUCUCCCAUAUUUGCAAUUUUUGUGUAAAAAUUGAUUAG